AUGGUGGAUCAGUAUGUGUUAGGUUCAAUCUUGGCUUCUGUGCUGGGGCUUGUUUUUCUUUACCGAUUGUUUGUGAAGAGGAGUGACCAAGGAGGUUCUGUGGAGGCUGCAGAGAGCACCACCACCACCACCACCGCCAUAAACGGAGAAUGUAGAUCGAAGAACGGUGGCGACGAUGCUGAUGUGAUUAUUGUUGGCGCCGGUGUUGCUGGUGCGGCUCUGGCUCACACUCUAGGCAAGGAUGGACGUCGGGUGCAUGUGAUUGAAAGAGACUUGACAGAACCUGAUCGAAUUGUUGGAGAAUUGCUCCAACCAGGAGGAUACCUCAAAUUGAUUGAGUUGGGAUUGGAAGACUGCGUGGAAAAAAUAGAUUCUCAACGGGUGUUUGGGUAUGCUCUUUUCAAGGAUGGGAAGAAUACUAAACUUUCUUACCCACUGGAAAAUUUUCACUCGGAUGUGUCUGGGAGGAGCUUUCACAAUGGACGCUUCAUACAAAGAAUGCGCGAGAAAGCUGCAUCUCUUCCCAAUGUCCGAUUGGAGCAAGGAACAGUCACAUCUUUGCUAGAAGAGAAAGGAACCAUUAAAGGUGUGCAAUACAAAACUAAAAAUGGUGACGAAAUGAUGGCAUAUGCACCUCUAACCAUUGUCUGUGAUGGCUGUUUUUCAAACUUGCGACGUUCUCUUUGCAGCCCUAAGGUGGAGGUGCCUUCUUGUUUUGUUGGUUUGGUUUUGGAAAACUCCCAACUUCCAUAUGCAAACCAUGGGCACGUUGUUUUGGCAGACCCAUCGCCUAUCUUGUUUUAUCCCAUCAGUAGCACAGAGAUUCGCUGUCUGGUUGAUGUACCUGGUCAGAAGGUGCCAUCUAUUUCAAAUGGUGAAAUGGGCAAGUACUUGAAGACCGUGGUUGCUCCCCAGGUCCCUCCUGAGUUGCAUGAUGGCUUCAUUGCCGCAAUUGAUAAAGGAAACAUUAGGACAAUGCCCAACAGAAGCAUGCCCGCUGCGCCUCACCCAACUCCAGGGGCUUUACUAAUGGGCGAUGCAUUCAACAUGCGCCAUCCCUUAACUGGUGGAGGAAUGACGGUGGCGCUGUCCGAUAUUGUUGUAUUGCGAGAUCUUCUCAAGCCUUUACUUGACCUGAAUGAUGCACCUACACUCUGCAAAUAUCUUGAAUCCUUUUACACUUUGCGUAAGGUGGGAUGCAGUAAAAUUGGAGACUGGACUCCUGUGGCGUCCACAAUCAAUACACUGGCAGGUGCCCUGUAUAAAGUGUUUUGUGCUUCACCUGAUCAAGCGAGGAAAGAAAUGCGCCAGGCAUGCUUUGAUUACUUGAGCCUUGGAGGAUUUUUCUCAAUGGGGCCAGUAUCUUUGCUCUCUGGAUUGAACCCUCGGCCGUUGAGCUUGGUUUGCCAUUUCUUUGCAGUGGCAAUAUUUGGUGUUGGCCGUUUGUUACUGCCUUUUCCCUCACCCAAACGUAUGUGGAUUGGAGCUAGACUGAUAUCGAGUGCAUCAGGAAUCAUAUUCCCCAUCAUCAAGGCGGAAGGAGUUAGGCAGAUGUUUUUUCCCGCAACCGUUCCUGCAUAUUACAGAGCUCCUCCCAGGGUUGAUGAUAGCUGAAACAAAUAAAUUCGAGGAAGCCACGCCUCCAUUGCUACUAUGACAAGGCUAGUUCAAUGUCAGCAUUUGCAUCCAUGUUCAACUUUAGGGGAAAGGGUGAAUGCUUCGAUCAGAAGAUGUAAAUUGCCCAAUAUUUUUGCUCAUAGGUCUUUGUAUCUUCCAAUGCUUUCUUAACGUUUCCUUCAACUCAAAUAAAUGGCUUUAUUUCAUUCAGAAGUGUUGAGAUGGAUGAGCUGCUAAUCAAGUGCUUUGAGCUGUGAACUAGAGCAAGUAAAAAUGUACAGAUUAGAGUGGUUCAUCUUGCUGAAGAGCAGGAAUAAUACACUGCUCUUGCUUCUAG